AUGCCAAGGAGGUUGCGGGCCACUUCCGCCAUGUCACCCCCUCGCACGGAGAUCUGGACGACCACGGCUUCUCGAACUUCCCGUGUGGGCUGGGUGCCGACCCAAGGGGGUGGCAGCUUCUGCUGGAAUCCGUGGCCUUUUUCCGGCGCUUCGCUUGUGGCAGGCGACGGCUUUGGCGAUACCUUCAUGAAGACCAAGGCGGAACUGGAGCAGCUGAAGCGCACCACGUCGACAAAUAAGGCGUACUUGCCCAUUGUGAAGAUGAUGCGCCAGGCCCCCGAGGACACGCAGCGGAUGCGCACGAGUCUCUACCCAGACCUGACGCACAGAUCUAGGGCGCGACAGCUGCUAAGGCGCUGGGAAUCGCUGCCCAGCCUACCGAAGCAGCUCGGCGAGGAGGACAUGCGCGCCCUGGAGGUGUCAGUUUGCCCCUUGAACAUUGGCAAGCAGCGCGGCGCCAAGGUGGUGCGCGAGGAGAGCCCGGGCAAGGAGUUUCCCUUCAUUCCAUGCAGUUGCUGUGAGCGCGAGUCCCCAAUCAAGAAACUCCGGGAGAAAGCGGGCAUGGCCUGCAGCUGCUCCAGGAACUAG